CAUCAAGAGAAGUAAACCUUGUUCUACUUGUUUCAUAAUCUCAUUCCACUACUGUAGAUAUCAUUAAGAGACUUACUUCUUUAAACUAUGACUAAACCUCUGCUUGUUCUUCUCAUGCCGUUGGUGCUGUUGUGUGUGUCUCUGGGAGAAAGCAAUCAAAUGAGAUGCUGUACAAGUUUCUCACUAAAACCUUUGCCUCUCAAUCGACUGAAACAAUUCUCAGUACAGGACGCAACUACAGUCUGUCGACUGCAUGCUGUGAUCUUAACCACAGUGAAAGGAAAAAAGAUUUGUGCUGAUCCUGAUUUAACAUGGGUUAAACAGGCUGUGAAUUACAUUAGUAAGUACAGCGUUAUACUGAUUUAUAACAGCAGUCCCAGCCAAAGGCAAUAGUCU